AUAAACAUGGGCCUUCCUGACGGGCAGACAUUGCAGCUGGACACCAUGACUGUGGAACUGUUCCUCGACCUUCAUUCGCAGCCUUGCCGAGCGGUCUACCUCUUUGCCAAGAAGGCCGACAUUCCUUUUGAAUAUAAGAAGGUGGAUUUGACGUCAGGUCAGCAGUAUGGAGAAGAGUUUGGCCAGAUCAGCAUGGUGCGCAAGGUUCCUGUGCUGAAGGAUGGAGACUUCAUCCUCACUGAGAGCAUAGCCAUCCUGAUGUAUCUGGCGGACAAGUUCAGCACUGCUGACCACUGGUACCCCGCGGAGCCGCAGAAGAGAGCUCGGGUGAACGAGUACCUGUCCUGGCAGCACAAGGCCAUACGGGAGAGCGGCUCAAAGAUCUUCUGGUUCAGGGCGAUGGUGCCCCUCCUCACAGGAGCCCCUGUGGACCAGGAGAAGAUGGACUCAGUGGUGGAGGACCUGACCAGCUCGCUGACCAUAUUUGAAGACAAGUUCCUCCAGAAGAGGCCCUUCAUCACAGGGCAGGAGAUUUCCCUGGCUGACCUGGUUGCUAUCGUGGAACUGAUGCAGCCGGUUGGCACAGGCUUUGACGUGUUUGAGGGGCGCCCCCUGCUGUCUGAGUGGAGAGACAGGGUGAAGAAGGAGCUCGGGGAGUCUCUGUUCGACGAGGCCCAUCACACCCUCAUGAACGCCCACACCCUGCCCCAGGUCCUGAAAGACAGCGGCAUGCUGGAGCUCCUCAAGUCCAGGUGGAAGAAGAUCUUAAACUGACCAAGAGGCCCAUGUCUCUGGCACUGUUGUGUGUUACAGAAAUGCUAGUAUUUCCAGUCAUUUUUUCUGUUGCCAAUUCUGGUAUUCUGUUUUUUUUACUGUUAAGUUGUAAAAGUAGAUUCAUAAGAUAACCAAAUGACAUACAAUACUUAUAUGUACGUAUAUGUAUGCUAUUGUUCACAAGCAUAAUUAAUGGGAAAACUAUUGUGAGGACAAACCAUUUAAAUAGUAUUUCACAAUUUACAACACAAUCUUUGCCAUUUUAUUGUUUGGUUGUAGAGAGUUAUUUUUGUACAUCUGUAAAUUGUACACAGCAGGUGUAUUUACAGGUAAGCUGUGUUUGACUGAUGCUCUCUGAGUUGAAAAUAAAUGUCAAAGUGAGAAACUC